CGUGCAGAUCGAGCCGGCCCAAUGCGUUAAUGGGCCUAGCCUGUUAGCGAAUCGGAUCGUGAGUCCAGCCCGUUAAGAGGCGCCUCUCGCCGCCUUGGUUUCUUUUCCCCUCCCGAGUCCAGACUCCGCCCGCAGCCGCAUCGCCAACGCCAUAGCCGCCGAGGUUGAGGUGAGCCACCGAGAGGGGAGAGAGAGCGCGCCGAGAUGUCCGGCGAGGAGGAGGAGAACGCGGCGGAGCUCAAGAUCGGGGAAGAGUUCUUGAAGGCCAAGUGCCUGAUGAACUGCGAGGUGGCGAUAAUCCUGGAGCACAAGUACGAGCAGAUCCAGCACAUGUCGGACGGGGACCCGUCGUCGCAGGUGUCGCAGGUGUUCGAGAAAUCGCUGCAGUACGUGAAGCGGUUCAGCCGGUACAAGAACCCGGACGCGGUGAGGCAGGUGAGGGAGACGCUGAGCCGCUACGGCCUCGCCGAGUUCGAGCUCUGCACCCUCGGCAACCUCUGCCCCGACACCAGCGACGAGGCCUCCGCCCUCGUCCCCUCCCUCCGCUCCGGCGGCAGGUUCGUCGGCGACCCCGGCAGCGAGAAGAUCGACAAGAUGCUCAACGACCUCUCCCUUAUCAAGAAGUUCGAGUAGUAGGACUGUAGCUUAUCAGAUUUGCUGGUGAACUGUCUAAUUAAUAUCUGUGUUAUCUUCUUGAGAGAAGGUGAAUCAUAAUUAGGGCUCAUUUGAUUUGAAUGCUCGUUGAGGUUUGUUCGAUAUCAAAUCGAUCCAAAGUUCUGCUGUGUAUCAGUGUAUCACCUUCAGGAGGAAUGUAGUGAGAUCAUGAAAACCGAGAUUAAGUCAAUAUCUAUCUAGUGACUUUUGAAAAGAAAAAGGAGGUGAAUUGGAGUACUGAUUCAUAUAAUCACUCCUUUUAUCUUAUGUUUGUCUUUCUGUUAUGUAUGAUCUCUGGGAGUGAUGUUUCCAUUUUA